AUGAGGCCAGGGCAGACAAGGAGAAGGUGGGGCCAGACGUUCAGGAGGCUGGGAGAGACAUGGAGAAACCUGGGCAAGACAUGGAGGGGGAUGGGCCAGACAUGCAGGAACCUGGGGCAGACAUGGAGGAGGCCGGGCCAGAAGGGAGGAGACGUGGAGGAGGUGGGGCCAGAUGUGGAGGAGGCCAGGGCAGAUGUGGAGAACGCCAGGCCAGAGCUGAAUGAGGCUGGGCCGGAUGUCGAGGAGGCCUGGCCAGACAUGGAGGAGGCUGGGCCACAUGUGGAGGCGGCGAGGGCAGAGAAGACUGGGCCAGACAUGCAGGGGCCUGGGCCAUGUGUUGUGGAUGCUGGGCCAGGUGUGGAGGAGGACGGGCAGGAUGUGGAGGAGGCCAGUGGAGAUGUGGAGGAGGCCAGGCCAGAUGUGGAUGAGGCCAUGGCAGACAGGAGGGGGCCGGGCCAGAUGUGCUGGAGGCCACGAAAGACGUGA